AUGAAUCAAGCUCAAAUAAUUCAUUAAGUGUAACAAGUAUUUAAUAAGCUAUCUUAAAAUCACUCACAAUAAAUUAGUAAAGAAACUAUUAUUAGAUUUUUGGAUUAGUAAUCAAAUAAAAUGUAUGACAGAGUUUUAUUUGAAUAACUUUACUCAAGGAUGUAGAAAACUGAUAAUGGUUUAAUUACAAUCAAUGAUUUCAUUUCAAUUUUGAUGGAAGCAUUAUAAUCAUUAAAAAAUAAAAUAUCUAUUUUAGAAUAACAAGUUGCAUAAAAAUAGCUUAAAGUAGAAGAUGACCAAUUGUAUUUAUAGUAAUUAUAAUCUACUGAAGAAUAUAAUUCUCAUAAAAUAUGUAAGGGAAGCAAAAUCAGAAUUACAAUUUUUGAUGCUAAAAUUUAAUUUCCAGGGAAUACUAGAGUGGCAAUCAUUUUAGGUUGUGAUGAUAUUAAAUACUCAACCAAACCAGCAAAUAGAUAAAAUCCUGUUUGGAAUGAAAAAUUUGAAUUUAAUAUUAAUACAGGAGAUGAGGAAAUCUAUAUUGUUAUAUUAGAUGAAGAAUUAAUAGAAAAAUAAGAAAUUGGCGGAUAAGCAAAACUAAAUUUAAAAGAAUUUUAUGAUUAAAAGCCUCAUGAUAGAUAAUUAUAAUUAAAGGAUAAAUAUGGUGUUGUUCUAUAUUCCAUCCUUAAUUUAAGAGUUCAAUGGAUCCAUUCAUAAGUACUAUUUAUUAUUAUUUUAUAGACUAAAUAUUUCAAAGAGUCAAUCAAAGAAAAUCAAUAAGUUAUUGAUGAUUUAUCUUAAGAUAUUAAUGAAUAUAAAAGUGAUAUUCUUUAACUCUUUUAUCCAUUUGAUGAAAAACAUCAAAAUCAAACAAAUGAAAAAUAUCUUGUAACUGAAUAAUCAACAAUAUAAUAAAUCCAUGAUUUUCAAUUUUAUGAUACAUCUUAAGCAUAACUUUGGGUUAAAUUAGCAUUGACUUUUACAUUGAUAUACUUCAUAUUAGUCUUAAUUACUAAUCUAUUUAAGACACAAUUUGUAGAUGUAAAAUACUAUUUUAAUAAUAGUUAAUAGUAUUAUUUUAUAGUUUAUUCUACUAUAUGAAUAAUAAUAAGUUAUAAUCACUCUUACACUUUAAAAUAAUUUCAGCUAUGAUUAUAGUAACAAUUAUUUUUGAUAUUGUUUGGUUUGUUAUUUACACUAAUCCUUGGACAACUAAUAGCGUUCUCUUUUUUUAAUUAGAACAUAAUCUCUAAAUGUAUGAAGUAAUUAUCUCAUACAUAUUACUUGGCAUUAAAGUAAUAUAGACUUCAAUUUUAUUUAGGUAAUUCUAUUAACUAUUUAUGCUAAUUUAUAUUUAAUGUGUCCAGACAAAAGAGUCAAUAUCUAUGAUGCUCAAUAUGAAAUGAUAUUUGGACCUCAUUUAUAAAUAAGUUUAGAAAAUUAAGAUUAAGAUGCAUAUAGCUUCAGAAAUACAAAUCAUUAUCUGCAUUAAUCAUUUUCUAAAAAUAUAUGA